AUGCCGUCCUCUGCGGCCCCCAGACGCCCGGGUCCCGCCGCCGACGACGAGGACCCGGCAUCUUCUUCCUCCGCCAACUCUUCCGGCGCCGAGUCCGAAUCCGACUACCUUGACAGUCCCGCCUCGCGCAAGAGACGGAGGACUGAGCCCCCUGCCGAACCAGACCUCAAAGACGGUGACGAUGACGACGACGAGGAGCUGAAGGCAAUUGUCUCGACCAUCAAGGCCCCAUCAAGAAUCAAGCGCGCCGCCGCCGCCGUCGAAGAAGCACGUCAGACCGUCCGUCCCGCGCCGUCGCAAAGCACAAUCUCUGCGCCGACAGACCCCAACACCACCUUCUCCGCCAUCAAUGUGCGCCCAUGGCUGGUGCAGUCGCUGGCCAACAUGGCCAUCAAGCGGCCGACCGGCAUUCAGAAGGGCUGCAUACCCGAGAUCCUUAAGGGGAGAGACUGCAUCGGCGGCAGCAGGACCGGUUCCGGCAAAACGGUCGCCUUCGCCGUGCCCAUCCUCCAGAAAUGGGCCGAGGACCCUACCGCCAUCUUCGCCCUCGUCCUGACGCCCACCCGCGAGCUCGCCCUGCAAAUCUUUGAGCAGUUCAAGGCCAUCUCCUCCCCGCAAAGCCUCAAGGCCAUCCUCGUCACCGGAGGCUCCGACAUGCGCCCGCAGGCCAUCGCCCUCGCCCAGCGCCCCCACGUCGUCAUCGCCACCCCCGGCCGCCUCGCCGACCACAUCCGCACCUCGGGAGAGGACACCGUCUGCGGCCUGCGCCGCGUAAAGUACGUCGUGCUCGACGAGGCCGACCGUCUCCUCGACGCCACGGGGCCCGGCAGCAUGAUCCCCGACGUCGAAGAGUGCCUCUCCGUGCUGCCGCCCUCGUCCCAGCGCCAGACCCUCCUCUUCACCGCCACCAUCACCCCCGAGGUCCGCGCCCUCAAAGACAUGCCCCUCAAGCCCGGCAAGCAGCCCGUCUUCGUCUGCGAGGUCGACACCCAGGCCCUCGCCAUCCCCGCCACCCUCGCCCAGAUGCACCUCCAGGUCCCCGUCACCCACCGCGAGCACUACCUCCACACCUUCCUACUCACCGACGCCAAUGCCGAAAAGUCCGUCAUCAUCUUCUGCAACCGCACCUCGACCGCCGACUACCUCCACCACCUGCUGCGCCUGCUCGACCACCGCGUCACGUCGCUGCACUCGGGUCUGCCCCAGCGCCAGCGCAUCGACAAUCUGGGCCGCUUCCGCGCCGCCGCCGCGCGGAUCCUCGUCGCCACGGACGUCGCCUCGCGUGGUCUCGACAUCCCCGAGGUCGGGCUCGUCGUCAACUACGACAUCCCGCGCAACCCGGACGACUACAUCCACAGGGUUGGCCGUACGGCGCGUGCGGGACGCAAGGGCGAGGCCGUGACGUUUGUCGGGCAGAGGGACGUCGAGCUGGUGCUGGCCAUCGAGGCCCGCGUGGGCCGGCAGAUGGAGGCGUGGCAGGAGGAGGGAGUCAACCUCGAGACGCGCGUGCUGCGGGACACACUCAAGGUCGUGAGCGAGAAGAAGAGGGAGGCGCUGCUGGAGCUCGAGGAAGGGAGGGAGGUCGGCGGAAAGAGGAAGAGGACGAAACAGAAGCUCAAUGCUUGA